ACUGCGCCCGCUCGGGCAGUCGGAGGGAACGGGACGGGACCGGCGGGCGGGCGGGCUCGCCCUCUCGGUGACUGCGCCGUCCGGGCCCGUCCUGCCUGGCCGCAGGUGCCCCUGGAUGAGGCCGCCCGGCGCGCCCCGACCGGUCUUACAAUCAAUGGAUAAAGUGGGGAAAAUGUGGAAUAACUUCAAAUACAGGUGUCAGAAUCUCUUCAGUCAUGAGGGAGGAAGCCGUAGUGAAAAUGUGGAUAUGAACUCCAACAGAUGUUUGUCUGUCAGAGACAAAAACAUCUGUAUAGGAGACUCAGCUCCUCAGCAACAAAGCAGUCCCUUAAGAGAAAAUGUUGCCUUACAACUGGGGUAUUUAAGCCCUUCAAAGAAUUCUUCGAGGAGAAACCAAAACUGUGCCACUGAAAUUCCUCAGAUUGUUGAAAUAAGCAUUGAAAAGGAUAAUGACUCAUGUGUCACCCCAGGAACAAGACUUGCAAGAAGAGAUUCCUACUCUCGACAUGCUCCUUGGGGUGAGAAGAAGAAACAUUCCUGUUCUACAAAGACACAGAGUUCACUGGAUACUGAUAAAAACUUUGGUAGAACUCGAAGUGGACUUCAAAUGAGAGAGAGGCGAUACGGUGUAAGCUCUAUGCACGACAUGGACAGCGUUUCCAGCAGAGCCGUAGGAAGUCGCUCUCUGAGACAGAGGUUGCAGGAUACUGUGGGCUUGUGUUUUCCCAUGAGAACUUACAACAAGCAGUCAAAGCCCCUCUUUUCUAAUACAAGAAAAAUACACCUUUCUGAAUUAAUGCUUGAGAAAUGCCCUUUUCCUGCUGGCUCGGAUUUGGCCCAAAAAUGGCAUUUGAUUAAAUAGCAUACAGCCCCUGUGAGCCCACAUUCAACAUUUUUUGAUACAUUUGAUCCAUCCUUGGUUUCUACAGAAGAUGAAGAAGAUAGGCUUCGAGAAAGAAGGCGGCUUAGUAUUGAAGAAGGGGUUGAUCCCCCUCCCAACGCACAAAUACAUACGUUUGAAGCCACUGCACAGGUUAACCCGUUAUAUAAACUGGGACCAAAGUUAGCUCCUGGAAUGACUGAAAUAAGCGAAAAUUCUGCAAUUCCACAAGCUAACUGUGACUCUGAAGAGGACACAACCACGCUAUGUUUGCAGUCACGGAGGCAGAAGCAACGUCAGGUAUCUGAAGACAGCCAUGCCCACGUUAGCAGACAGGGAGCUUGGAAAGUCCAUACACAGAUUGAUUACAUACACUGCCUUGUGCCGGAUUUGCUUCAGAUCACAGGUAAUCCCUGUUACUGGGGAGUGAUGGACCGUUACGAAGCAGAAGCCCUUCUGGAAGGGAAACCUGAAGGUACAUUUUUGCUCAGGGACUCUGCGCAGGAGGACUACCUCUUCUCUGUGAGCUUCCAUCGCUACAACAGAUCCCUGCAUGCCCGAAUCGAACAGUGGAAUCACAACUUUAGUUUUGAUGCUCACGACCCGUGUGUGUUUCACUCCUCCACUGUAACAGGACUUUUGGAACAUUACAAAGACCCCAGUUCUUGCAUGUUUUUUGAACCAUUGCUUACGAUAUCACUAAAUAGGACUUUCCCUUUUAGCCUGCAGUACAUCUGCCGUGCAGUCAUCUGCAGAUGCACUACGUAUGAUGGAAUUGAUGGGCUCCCUUUACCGUCAAUGUUACAGGAUUUUUUAAAAGAGUAUCAUUAUAAACAAAAAGUUAGAGUUCGCUGGCUAGAACGAGAACCAGUCAAGGCAAAGUAAACCCUCCUGUCCCCAAAGGGCAUUAACUAGAUCUGCUUUUAUGUGCGUCGGGCAGUACACCUCUAGCAAGCACACAUAUCAGUGUUAGGUUUUUUUCAGUACAGUAUGUAAGCUUAGU